CAUGGCAGGGAAAGGAUUUGUGAGGUGUCAGAAAUAAGUGAAGAGGACGUCUGCUAUUUGUAAUGCAUGGAUAUUUUCCUAAGGCGAUAACACAGCGCGGAAUGAAACCAAGAGGCAUGCAAAUAGUUUCUACUGCAGGGCUUCACUUUAUCUUUGGGCAUGGAUUUCGAAUUGGAAUGUAGAAAUGACGUCUAAUUUAUUAUUUCAGCCUAGAGAGAGCAGAGCAAAGUGCGUGGCUAGCAACUAGGAUAGAUUCUUCUGUCUAUCGAGCUAACUUCAUUACUGUACUUUUAAAAAAUAGUUUGAUACCAUUAUCUAGCUAACUUUUUCCCAGUUUAGUCGGUCUUUGCAACUUGUCUGUCGAUGACUUUCGACAGCCUUAAACAUUCUGCUAUUCUUUCAACUCUGUUUAAAAUGGCAGACGACAUAGAAUUGAUAGGAGCUUCUGAAUUGAUAAAGGAUCGAUUAUAUUUUGCUACCCUAAGAAGCAAACCAAAAAGCACUGUAAACACGCACUACUUCUGCACGGAUGACGAAUUUAUCUAUGAAAACUUCUAUGCAGAUUUUGGACCCCUCCACUUAGCCAUGCUGUACAGAUACUGCUGUAAACUCAACAAAAAGCUGAAGUCCUUCACACUGACCAGAAAGCGAAUCGUACACUACACCAGUUUUGACCAGCGGAAAAGGGCUAACGCUGCUGUUUUAAUCGGCGCCUAUGCUGUCAUCUACCUAAAGAAGACCCCAGAGGAGGCCUACAGGGCUCUGAUAUCAGGCUCCAACUCUUCAUAUCUUCCCUUCAGAGACGCCUCAUUUGGCAAUUGCACAUACAACCUGACUAUUCUUGACUGCUUACAAGGAAUCCGGAAGGCCCUGCAGCAUGGAUUCUUUGACUUUGAGACGUUUGACGUGGACGAAUACGAGCACUACGAGCGAGUGGAAAACGGAGACUUCAACUGGAUCGUGCCCGGGAAAUUUCUGGCCUUCAGUGGACCCCAUCCCAAAAGUAAAAUAGAAAAUGGCUACCCUCUUCACGCUCCAGAAGCGUACUUCCCCUACUUCCGACAGCACAAUGUUACCUCGGUGGUGCGGCUCAACAAGAAGAUCUACGAUGCCCAGCGCUUCACGGACGCCGGCUUCGACCACUACGACCUGUUCUUCGUGGACGGCAGCACGCCAAGCGACGUCAUCACCCGCCGCUUCCUGCACAUCUGCGAGAGCACCGACGGAGCCGUGGCCGUCCACUGCAAGGCUGGCCUUGGGCGUACAGGCACCCUCAUAGGCUGUUACCUGAUGAAGCACUACCGCUUUACAGCAGCAGAGACCAUUGCCUGGAUCAGGAUCUGCCGACCAGGCUCCGUCAUCGGCCCUCAGCAGCACUUCCUGGAGGAGAGGCAGGCAGCCAUGUGGAUGCAAGGAGACGUGCAGCGUUCGCAGCAGAAGCAGCCGAGGGGAGUGUCUCGCCUCAUCUCCAGCAUGGACGACCUCACCCUCAGCCCCACCCACACCACCAUCACCACCAGCCCUGCUGGCAUCCUCAGGUCCCACAGCACCGACCACCUCCAAGAGAACGACUACAUUGAAGAGAAUGGGCUCUGCAUGACCCAAGGAGAUAAACUGCGUGCCUUAAAGGGCCGGCGCCAGCCCAGUUCGGCCACAACGGGAGCCCUAAGACUUGAAGAGAUGAAAAUGCACACCAGGUCACCGUCCCAACCUUUUAGCAGGAUGAACCUCGGAGUGGGCACUCAGGGCACCAUUUCCCCCAUCAAGUCCUCCAAAGUCCCAUCAUCUUCUGCUUCCGCCGCCGCCAAGAGAAUCAGCCGCAGCUCCUCCUCCUCGGCGUCCAACCUCAAGAGCUCCUCCAUCAACUCCCGGCUAGCCAGCUCCUUAGGCAACCUGUAUGCAGCCAACGGCAGCGAGGACAAUAGGAAGCCGCCUUACGCUCCCCCUUCAUCACCCUCCUCCGCUCCUCCCUCGUCCAUCGUCAUCACGCCAUUGGGCUGGACGGCUCCCAGUCCCGGCUAUGUGGCUAACGCCACGCGUGGCGCCAAUUACCACCACCACGAGGUCAACAACAAUCGUUAUAAUUCCUCCCCCGCCGGGCUCUUUAGCCACGGUGGACUCACGGGGGCCCCACACCACGCUGCAGGCAGGCUGGCGCCCGGGCCUGAGUAUGGCCCCUACAGAUCCCAACAAGGGGGUUACUCCGGCCUGAGCGGACACUCUGGCCGCUACCUCAGCCGAUCAAUCCCCUCCCUUCAAUCUGAAUAUGUUCAAUACUAAAGCAGUGGUUCUGCGUUGACCAAGACCGGACAGACAUCUUGACACUGACCUCUGACCUGGACGGGAUGGAGUCUCCCGCCCCCCUUUUUUUCUCUCCAUCUCCCCCUUCUCCCCUGCUCUCUUCCACAUACUAAAUGGAAAAUUAAUAAACCUUGGCAUCUGA